GUAGGCAGCGGAACUCGAAAGCUGCUGUGUAAUUGUAAGGUUUAGCUGCUGGAGCGAGCCAAUUUUCCUCUGACACAAACAUUUUCUUACUUUAUUAAAUAUGCCGGAUUACCUGGGAGAGGACCAGAGGAAGACCAAGGAAGAGGAAAAGGAUGACGGACCCAUUCGAGCUCUGGAUGAAGGCGACAUCGCUUUGCUCAAAACAUAUGGUCAAAGUACUUACUCCAGACAGAUCAAACAGGUGGAGGAUGACAUUCAGCAGCUUCUCAAAAAAAUCAACGAGUUGACAGGCAUUAAGGAGUCGGACACAGGCCUGGCUCCACCAGCGCUCUGGGAUCUGGCUGCUGACAAACAGACUCUUCAGAGCGAACAGCCACUCCAGGUUGCAAGAUGCACAAAGAUCAUUAAUGCCGACUCAGAGGAUCCCAAAUAUAUCAUCAAUGUGAAACAGUUUGCUAAGUUUGUGGUGGACCUGAGUGACCAGGUGGCUCCAACUGACAUUGAGGAGGGCAUGAGAGUUGGGGUUGACAGGAACAAGUACCAGAUCCACAUUCCUCUGCCUCCAAAAAUCGACCCCACUGUCACUAUGAUGCAGGUGGAGGAGAAGCCUGAUGUGACUUACAGUGAUGUGGGCGGAUGUAAAGAGCAGAUUGAGAAGCUGAGAGAAGUGGUUGAAACUCCGUUGCUCCACCCUGAAAGGUUUGUGAACCUGGGAAUUGAGCCCCCUAAAGGUGUGCUGCUCUUCGGACCCCCUGGUACUGGAAAGACCCUCUGUGCUCGUGCUGUCGCCAACCGCACUGAUGCCUGCUUCAUCAGAGUCAUUGGAUCGGAGUUGGUACAGAAGUAUGUCGGAGAGGGAGCCAGGAUGGUCCGAGAGCUGUUUGAAAUGGCCAGGACCAAAAAAGCUUGUCUGAUCUUCUUUGAUGAAAUUGAUGCCAUUGGAGGCGCUCGUUUUGAUGACGGCGCUGGGGGAGACAAUGAGGUUCAGAGGACUAUGCUGGAGCUCAUCAACCAAUUAGAUGGCUUCGACCCUCGAGGCAACAUCAAAGUUCUGAUGGCCACUAACAGACCAGACACUUUGGACCCGGCUCUGAUGAGACCUGGACGUCUGGACAGGAAGAUAGAGUUCAGUCUGCCUGACCUGGAGGGACGCACCCAUAUAUUUAAGAUCCAUGCCCGUUCUAUGAGUGUGGAGAGAGACAUUCGCUUUGAGCUUUUGGCUCGCCUCUGUCCCAACAGCACUGGUGCUGAGAUCCGCAGUGUGUGCACAGAGGCAGGCAUGUUUGCCAUCAGGGCUCGCAGGAAGAUCGCCACAGAGAAAGACUUCCUGGAGGCUGUGAACAAGGUCAUCAAAUCCUACGCCAAGUUCAGUGCCACCCCCAGAUACAUGACCUACAACUGAGCAAAAUGUUUGCGUUUCCUGAUUUGGUGUUUCGCCGUCUGAAUACAAAAGUCGAACAUGUAGUGUUUUUGUUUUCAAGUAAAAAUAAAGUUUAUUCCAGA